AUGCUGAGUACCAUCCACAAAAUCAACACGGAUGAUGACUUCAUUGAGCGUAUUCGACGCUGCCCUCGCAACACUAGCACUAACGCAGCCAAUGCUCGGGCAAUAUUCAAUGGCAAGCCCAGAGCGGCACUCAAAAUCCCCAAGUUGAUUGAUGACUACAACCACAACAUGAAUGGCGUCGAUGUCAGUAACCAGUUCAGGGCAUAUUACAGCACCCAAUUAGCCGUGUUCAGGACGUGGAUGCCUCUCUUUUUUGGAUUCUCGACACCACCAUCAUCAACGCCUAUCGAAUCUAUGUCGUCCAAAAAGGAUCCCUUUCUCACAAAACUUUCUGUCUCAGGUUGGCAUGGGAUUUGA